AUCUGCUCCAUCCGCCAACUUCCGUCACCAACUCUCGGUCCCUGUCCGAUCCGCCCUGCCUCCUGAGACAUCUCUGCCAAGAGCCACCUGUCCUCCAUGGAACAAGAGUAUAUCGAUGUGGUGAUUGCCCUUCACAACUAUACCUCCCAGGAGCCGUCCUGCCUCUCCUUCCGCCGGGGCGACAUCAUCUAUGUCUGCGCCCAGGAUCCCUCUGGCUGGUGGGACGGCGCUCUCCAGGACGGCCAGAAGGGUUGGUUCCCUUCCAACUAUGUCAAGAAAUACGUCCCACAGGCAGCCCCUCAGAGGUCCAACUCCAACCAAGUCGAGGCCGUCACCCAGCAAAUGUCGCAGAUGAUCAUGGAGGCCCAGAACUUGGGUCAGGAGGACGACGGCGGCGAGUUUCCCCAGCGAACGCUCUCCUCUGACAGCAAAUCCAAGGUCUUGGACAUUCCUCAGACCCCGACCCUGGGCGCGCACGCCACGACUUAUGUGAGCCCGAUUGCUGCGGCGGCCACGCCCCUGGCAAACCCUGCGGCCACUGGAGCCGUGCAGCUCCCCCCCUUUUGGGGACGAAAGACAACUCCCCAAGGCGUCGAGUACUAUUUCAAUGUCCAGACCAAUCGCACCACCUUUGACUUGCAAGAGGUUCUCCAAUCGCAAGUCAGCAAGCGCCGCUCCCAGGUCAUUCUCAACGAUGUGCGCCGGUCCUCCAACACACUUGAAGCCGUGCCCGAGAACGUCGCCGUGGCCAUGAUCACCAGCACGGGCCAGCCUGUGUCCCAGUCUCCGAUCCCCGAAACCUCGCGCCAGCACUCGUGGAUCCCUGGUCCUCAGUCCCUGAUCGACGGCCAGGCGCCGCUCACCUGGGAGCUCCUGGUCGACAACAUCCUGCGAGCCAUCUCGGACCUCAACUACUCCACAAAGUCCAACAACAAGGCUCUCUAUGUCAGCCAGACCAACCAGGUCGUCCGCGCCAUCCGCGACAUGCUCGCGGCGUCGGGAACCAUCAACAAGAACUCGGUGGUGAUGCAGAACAACCGCCAGCUCCGCACCCAUCACCAACAGAUCCUCACGUCGCUCUCGAGACUGGUUCUGGCUGCGAAGGUUGCCUCGGGCCUCUGGCCUCCCCCAGACGCCGUCGGCAAGCUGCGCCACAUGGCUGGCCAAGUGCUCAUGGCCAUCCGCCACUUUGUCUCCACCGCCAAGGAGCUGCCGCUCGAGCUGCAGCCCAUCCGCCAGUACAUUGUCGAUGACUUUGAUGUCCGCGGCGCCGAGCUCUCCGAGUCCGAGUUUGUCAAUCGGCUGGACCAGAGCUCCGAGUCGGCAAUCACGUCGAUCGCCCGCCUGGUCAACAUGAUGACCCAGAACAACCGGGUCAGCAGCGUCCUGAUCGACCAGGUUCGCAUGGCCGUGACCGAGAUUGGUCAGUUCCUGUCCCUGAUCGAAGACAUCAGGAUCGUCAACCCGGACGAGGCCCACGACGACGUCCUGACCCAGUUCCAGUACAAGAAGGAUAUCUUGUACGCUGUUGUCAACGACAUGGUUGCUGCCGCGCGCGCCGCCAUGGACAGCUUUGCGCCCCCGAACGCCGUGGUGAUCUUGUUUGAAUGCUCAUCGGUUGUGCUCCAAACCCUCGACGAUCUACUGAUCACCACCAAGCUCGUCGUCGACCAGCGCGAGCUGAUCGAGCAGCGCAACUUGCAAAUCGAUGCUGAGUAUCUGGAGCAGGAGGACGACUCUGAGCUGAGCCAGCUCCAGCGCAGGGCCAUGUCCCUGACUUUUCCGGCCAACCCUGUCAAGGCACCGCAGGGCACUGCUCCAUCGCGCACCUCUGCCCCAGCAACCUUCAACCCUUACCAGCAGCACGUCCGCACUCCGUCGGACAGCCAGCGACCUGCCUCGACGGGUACGCCGGCCAAGCCUGUCGAUGCCUCCACGGUGGCGCCACCGCGCGACAACUCGAAGCGCAUCUCGGGCGAGCCGUUGAAUGCAGCCAAGCUCUCGAAGGGCGUUGGUGAUGAAGUCGCUGGCCCCAAUAUGGGUCGUCGCGGCAGCUUGGAUCCCACGAGCGACAAGUGGUACCUGUCGUACGACUACUCUCCCCACGAGCUGUCCCACACCCCCGACGGCCAGAUCAACGGCGGAACCCUCAAGGCCCUGGUGGAGCGCCUCACCAUCCACGACAUCCGAGUCGACUCCAACUUUUCCAACUGCUUCCUGAUGAUGCUGCAUUCCUUUACCACGCCCGAAGAGCUCCUCGAAACACUGAUUGCCCGAUUCCGCAUCCAGCCACCGCCUAACUUGUCGCCAGAGGAUACCAAGAUCUGGACAGAGAAGAAGGCCACCCCCAUCCGCAUUCGUGUCUUUAAUGCGCUGAAGCUGUGGCUCGAAAAGUACUGGUCGGACGACUUUGACAAGCCCAUCUUGCCAAAGCUCCAAGAGUUCCUGUCGGCUCCGGGCGAGGGUGUCAGCAUCCCCAUGCCCGCGCGCCUGAGCGAACUGGUGAACGAGCGCACGAAGGGAUCGGGGCUCCAACGGCUGGUUUCCAAACGUGCCGUCAAUGCCAGCGAUUGCCCUGCUGUCAAGCUCCCGAGCAACCUCCGCCGCUUCACCACGAUCGACAUCCCUCCUGUCGAGAUAGCCCGCCAGAUGACUCUCAUCGCCAACCGCACAUUCUGCGAGAUCGAGCCCAUCGAGCUCCUCAACCAGGAGUGGCAAAAGAAGCAAAACAGCGUGGCCACCCACGUCUUGGCCAUGAGCCGCAUGUCGAACAGGAUUACCUCGUGGAUUGUCGAGAGUAUCCUGUCCGAAACUGAUUUGAAGAAACGCGGAAAGCUCGUCAACCACUUUGUUUUGGUCGGAGAGCAAUGCCUGGCGCUGCAGAACUACGACAGCCUGAUGGCCAUUCUCGUGGCUCUGCAGUCCUCCACCAUCAGCCGCCUGAAGCGCACGUGGGACCAGCUUCCGCCCAAGUCGAAGCAGCUCUUUGAUGAUCUCAAGCUGUCGAUUGACAUGAGCCGCAACUACGCCGACUAUCGCGCCACGAUCCGCAACGCCAUCACCCCUUGCCUGCCGUUUGUGGGUGUGUAUCUGUCCGAUCUUGUCUUUAUCGAGGACGGCAACCCCAAGCUCCGAAACAACGGCACCCUCCUGAACUUUGACAAAUACGCCAAGCUCUACAAGGUCAUCCUGGAGAUCCAGCGCUUCCAGCAGCCGUACAUGCUCAUGGAGGUAACCGAGAUUCAGGAAUUCCUCAACAAUGCCAUCGAGCUCAGCGGCCGCCAGAACGAGGAGCAGCUCUACGAAAUCUCGCUCCUUCUGGAGCCUCGAGAGAACUCGGACCGUGGCGACGAUGCCCAGCGCGAGCUUCAGAACAAGAUCCGACUUCUCGAAGAUGCCGGUCUGAUUUAAUCCGAGCAACAGGAGAAGGAGGAGGAGGAUACGGAAGUGGAAGUCGAGGUGGUGGGGAAGGAGCUUUGUUGCCCUUAUACUUGAAAUCCUUUCGCCCCCCCCCUCUCACGAUGGAGCUUCUGCACGGCCAUGUACAAUAUGAUCCUGUGACUGCACGGUGGUGUUGAUCAGCACGAACGUUCGCCUGACCGCCGCUUUGGAAUGUGGCUCAUGGUGUCGAUAAGC